ACCACGGCACGCUUAUACUGUCAUGCAGCGAACUGAAUAGGAUAAAUUAUAUGAUCCUCUACAGUGCAGAUCCAAUUUCUGCACGUGCGCGCGCCGUAUUGUUUCAGCAGCCACCGUGUGUGUGCCACUCUUGCUGGACUUUUAUUUCCUGAACAGAUUUUCGGAAUCAUGUCUUCUGGUCCGUUAAAGAUAUGUGUCUGUGGUGGCGGCAGCAACGCACACCUUGUGGCUGCCUUCUCUGCGUCCAAUCCUGACACAGAAACACGCAUUCUGGACCUAAACGAAGAAGAGGCAACAAAAUGGGAAAAUCUCGUCGACAAGAAAGAGAUGGUCUUAAGCAUUAACGAAGACAAUGGAACGAAGAGAGAAGUGAAAGCUAAACCAAGAAUGGUGACGAGUAAUCCAAAGGAGGCUCUUAACGGAUGUGACCUCAUCAUCCUUACAACGUCAGCAAUGGACCAUGGUAAAUAUCUACAAGCAAUAGAACCAUUAGCAAGCAAGAACACCGUCAUCGUGGGACUACCGGGGAAACCUGGAUUUGAAUACCUAUGUUACAACAUAUUAGGCAAUAAAGCCGAUCUGUGUACUUUCUUGUCUUUUGAGGAACCGUCAUGGACAUCUAAAAUUAUAGAAUUCGGUAAUCAUGUAGAGGCACUCGGUGCGAUGCAGGUUUUGGUAGGCUCAAUUGUUCGCGGAAGAGGAAUUUGCAGACGACCACCUCUUAUGUGUCUGCAAAUGAUACACGGUAGUAAACCAUUAUUUCGUCCUUCCAAGCAUUUUCUAGAGGUUACAUUAAUGCCAAAUACGUUCCUUUGUCCAGUAAUUAUGCAUGGACAAUGGAAUAAAUGGGAUGGGAAACCGCUCUCCGAAGCACCACUCUUUUAUCAUGGAAUGAGCAAAGAAACUGCUGAAAUACUGAAUACUUGCAGCCAAGAAUGCUUGGAAGUGUCGCGAGCAAUUACAACGUCCGAGAAGGUCAAAGUUGAUUUGACGAGUGUACAGGAUUUGUAUCAGUGGUGUUUGGAAAGAUUCAAGGGAGACAUUAGCAACAAUGCUGAUUUGCACAGUACUAUCACCACCAAUAAGCAAUUUGCUGAUGUCAAACACACAAUGAAGGAAGCAGACGGUGGUCUCGUGCCAGAUUUUGGACGUCUGGUGGAGGAUUUAGAAGCAGGAUUAGUGGUCAUAAAGGGGAUUGCGCUUAUAGUGGAAGUUCCUACUCCCCAAACUGAUGAACUGAUCAAGUGGUGCCAGGAGAAAGUUGGCAAGGAGUAUUUAGUGAAUGGAGAAUUAACAGGAAGUGACGUAGCAACAUCAAGAUGUCCUCAAAGAUUUGGACUUUGUACAGUAGAGGCAUUAGUGAAUGGAAAAGUUGAGGAACAAUGAUUUAAAGAAUUAUAAAAAACGAAUUUAUAAAGAUAUUUUUGUACAUCAUUCCAUAAAUCAAAACCUAAACCUGAACAAUAUCAUUUUUCCAUUUCUAAAAAUAAAUACAGGUUUGUCUGACCUGUAUACAUAACUCUUUCUUGGAAUUGUUAACAACUUGUAAGUAAUUAUGUUCUUCAUGUGAACCUCAACUGCAUUUUCUGUAAUUCCUCAGUCCAGAUCUGUUCAUGGUUGAAGUAAAAGCAGAAAUUUUACAGCA